GUAAACAAACUCCACGUUUCAACAGCAACGCAACUUCUGCCUAGUGUUUGAACCGAAAUGUACACUGAUAAAGCCAAACGAUGAUCGACAAGCUAGUUCCAUUGGUUUGCUUUCUUGGUUUUUCAACAUUUUCCUUCCUGGUGUUUAACAAAGUGUACGAAACGACACAACUCGUUAUCGAUGAGGAGUUUCAUUUGCGGCAGGGCAACCAUUACUGCCACGGCCGGUUCCAAGUAUGGGAUCCAAAGAUAACUACAUUUCCUGGCCUAUAUCUGGCGUCCGCGCUGGUUCUGCGACCCCUCGAGGCCUGUUCGGUGUACAACCUGAGACUAACAUCGUUUAUCGCGUCAAUUGUGAAUGUAGUGCUGAUUUACAAACUGCGACAAUGCUUUCUAAACCAGAAAGGAUACACCACACUGUUACUGGAAACAGCUUCCCUUUCGUUACUUCCGCCUCUAUAUUUCUUUUCGCAUCUCUACUACACGGAUGUGCUUUCUGUGACGGCCGUGCUGCUGUUGCUGCUGGCCAGUGAGAAACGUCGCCACAAUUGGGCCGCUUUCUGGGGCUUCUGUGCAGUGCUGAUGCGUCAAACAAACAUCGUAUGGGUUGGAUUCGCGUGCGGCUCGCGAGCCAUCGAUUUGUUGUUAGCCCGUGGAAGCUUGACACAGACAUUGCUUUCUCCCAAACGUAUGCUCGAUCUUGUUGGCGAUAUGAUCGAUCGUUUUUGGGCGUACGCUAUCGUGAUUGGUGGCUUUAUCGCAUUUCUCAUAUGGAAUGGUUCAAUAGUGAUAGGCGAUAAAUCGGCACACGAGGCUGCCGUACACUUGCCACAGUUGUUUUAUUUUGUCUUGUUCUUUGCGACGUUCAGCGCUUCAUUGGUACUGCCGGCAAGUAAAACAAUCCUGCGAGCAGCAUUGCGUAAAUGGUAUAUCCUUGUGGUGGUAUGCGUCAUGUUCGCCGCAGUCGUGCACUACAACACGAUCGUGCAUCCGUACUUAUUGGCAGACAAUAGGCAUUACACGUUCUAUCUGUGGAAUCGCUUUUUCGGGCGCUGGUGGUACGCAAGGUACUUGCCAGUGCCGUUGUACACAAUCGGUGGGUUCCUGCUAUGGAAGGCAAGCAUGCAGCACCAAUCGUAUGGAUACAAACUGCUCUGCUCAUUGUCCAUACUAGCAUCAAUAGCGCUACAGCAACUGAUUGAGGUAAGGUACUUUCUUUUACCAUUUCUUGUGUUGCGGUUAUUGCGUAAAGGAGGAACUUCUAGAGGCGCUCUAAUGAUAGAAUUGAUAACAAACAUUGCUAUCAAUGUUGCAACAUUUGCUCUGUUCUUUCGAAAGGAAAUAGCAUGGGAAAACUAUUCUCAUCCACAGCGUCUAAUGUGGUAAAGCUUUUCGAUAGCAUUGCGAAGGCUGUGUUUUGGCAAUAGCCAAGAAAGUCUGAAGUAAAUCUAAGUGUAACAUUAUCUAUAAGGAUAAAAAUUAGACUUCGGAGAUCCAGUUCUACAGGGCUGAAGGACACGAAUGCCCUUCACAUUAGAAAGAAGAUACUAUGAAGAUCGUUAGCUUUACCUUUAGUUGGUGCUUAGAAUCGCAGCAACUCUGCUUCGUAGUUUCCGCAAAAAGGACGCUGCCAAAAUGUAAUGAUAACCAUCCCAUGAAGCCAUAUGAUAAGCGUAGUGAAAGUAUCUUCAUGUGCUGCAAAACUGUUGGUGAAAUUCGAAAUGAUAAAUGAUUUAAGUGAACGUUUGUAGCAUGAAGAAAUCACGCUGACGAUGACUCUUUUUUGA